ACACAAAGAAUAAAUAAAAAAUAAAUUAUCUGACAGCGAUUUUCUCUCUCUCUCUCUCUCUCUCUCUCUCUCUUCUCACUUCUCUCUUCUCUCUUCUCUCUUCUCGCUCACAGGUCCAACUUCCUCGUUGUGUUGUUGUGUUGAGUUGUGUUUGUUUGUGUUUGUGUUUGUGUUUGUUUAUGUGUUGUGUUCUCUUUCUCAUUAUUCUUUUCCACGCAUUGCAAUUGCAAAUUUUAAACUGAUUCAGAAUCUGUCACAUUCUCUUUCUGCAUUUUGGAUCCCCUUCUGGGAAAACUCAAUACUAUGCACAAUCGUUCUCUGUGAACGAGUUAGGGUUUCUCUCCGAUAUUCGAUUCAUCUUUUUUGGCCGGGAUUUUGGGGGCUCCGGCACACAUGGCCACCAACUUGCAGAUGACCCCUCAGCUGGAGCAGAUCCAUGGUGAAAUUCGCGACAAUUUUCGAGCCCUCGCAAAUGGCUUCCAAAAGCUGGAUAAGAUCAAAGAUGCCAAUAGACAAAGUAAUCAGCUGGAAGAACUCACUGGGAAGAUGCGAGAGUGCAAAAGGUUGAUAAAGGAGUUUGAUCGUGAACUUAAAGAUGAAGAGGGUAGGAAUCCCCCAGAAGUGAAUAAGCAACUCAAUGAUGAAAAACAAUCAAUGAUCAAGGAGCUUAACUCAUAUGUUGCUUUGAGAAAAACGUACAUGAAUACCAUUGGUAAUAAAAAACUUGAACUUUUUGACAUGGGAGCAGGUGCUAGUGAACCUACAGCUGAAGACAAUGUUCGGCUGGCAUCAGAAAUGUCAAAUCAAGAACUUAUCAAUACUGGGAUGAAGACAAUGGAUGAAACUGAUCAAGCUAUUGAGAGAUCUAAGCAGGUUGUCCAUCAAACAAUUGAAGUUGGCACACAAACUGCUGCUACUUUGAAAGGCCAAACUGACCAAAUGGGUCGUAUUGUUAACGAGCUUGAUUCAAUUCAGUUCUCAAUUAAGAAAGCCUCCCAACUUGUUAAGGAGAUUGGUAGACAGGUAGCUACAGAUAAGUGCAUCAUGCUUUUUCUGUUCCUUAUUGUCUGUGGUGUAAUUGCCAUAAUUGUCGUGAAGAUUGUGAAUCCUCACAACAAAGACAUUAGGGACAUUCCAGGAUUGGCGCCUCCAGUUCCCACCAGGAGGCUUUUGUAUGUAAGAACUGGGGAUCAAUUCGAUUAAUAAUUCUUAUAUUUGAACAAGAGUUAUGUCCAUCCUAGUCCUGCCAACUUAAUUCUUGGUUCUUAUUGAUGGGAAAUUUAGAGGAUUGUUGUCUGGAGGAGUUAUUUUGGUUCUUCAAUUAAUUAUCUAUCUUACAUAUCCUGUUUGUGAUUUUAUGUAAAUCACACGAGAGCCUUCUUCUUUUCUUUGAGUGUCAUGUUUCUUUAUGUAACAUUCCAAAAGUGUAGGGCUAGAGAGAAAGUUAUACUGUGAAUUUCGUGGUGUAUAUGUCUAAUUGAAAGGAGAUUUAUGCCCGUACCCCUUCUUAAUUUUUGAUAUCUGUAAUCCUACGCACAUAUUGAAACUGUCUGCUGGAUUGGUUUUGUAAAUUACAUUUAUUCAGUUGUGCUUGCAGAUGUUCAUAUUUUCU